GCAUAUUUAAAAAGCACACGGAUUCCAAAACUCAGAUAUUUCUCCUGCCGGUUAGCUCAUCCUGCUCUCUGAGAAACUGCCUGGCUUACUUUCUCCAUGCGUCUGCCUGUCUGUCAAUCAACCGCCAUGUUGGAACACACGCUCCUGGUGCUGCUGCUGACCCAGUACUCCAUACAAGGAGGCGUUAGACCUCAGAGUGGAACCCUGGAUAGACUGGCACCAAGUCGAGGUGCAGCUCUCGGAGGUACUGGGCUCGGGGCAAAGCUUGGAGGCGCUGGUGUCCUCGGAGCUCGUGGUUACGGUGGAGCAAAGGCAGGGAAGACAGGCACCGGCCGCUAUCUGGGAGCGGGAGGAUACAGGCCCUUGGGUACUAGAGGAGGUGUGAAACAAGGGUUCGGCACUCCUCUGGCGGGCUACGGUACUGGUUUGGGAAUGAGCCUGGGGGCGGGCCCGGGUCUCAGUAAUGGCAUGGCACUUGGACUGGCACCCCAGGUAGGAAGACUGGGAGGACGAGGAUACACUAAUGGCUAUGGACUUCAGCCAGGUUACGGAGCUGGUGUAUACCCUGGACGUGGAGGAGCCAAGGCCCACAAACCAGCCAGGACUGGUUACGGCCUGGGUGCGGCUGGCUAUCCUGCAGCAGGACUGGCUAACGGCUAUGGAGCAGGACUUGGCCCAGCUGCAUAUCCACAAGCAGGGAAACUGGGCUUUGGCAGCGUGUAUGGCGUUAACGGCUAUGGCCAUGGCUACAGCGCAGGUCUGGGAGCUGGGGGCUUCGGAACUCCGGGUCUGGGCCUUGGUCUGAGCAGUAUUCCAGAUGCCAAAGCUGGAAAGUAUGGGGGCGCCACUGCAGGCUCUGUGCUCGGUGCUGCUGGUGGCCAAGCUGUUGUGUCUGCUGGGCUUGGCCCUCAAAGCAAAGUAGGCAGCUAUGGAGGGGCCCCUUACGUAGGGCAGCGGACAGGUCUGGGACCUGACACCACUCUGGGUGGGGCUGGGGGUCCUGUCCUGGAACCUGUGACUGGUGGAGAGGCCAGUCAGCUUUUGUACAAUGGGGCUCCAGUCAUUCCUGCUGGACUGGAAGGUGAUAAUGGCUAUUCCUAUGGACCUCAGCAGCUCAGUCUUGGAACUGAUGGAAGAAAGUUGUCAUAUGACGAUGGGAGAGAAUACAGAGCACAGCCUGCAGGCUACGAUGCAGCCCUUGGGCCUGGAGGCAUAGGGCUCCAUGGAGCAAGCAAAGAGGCCAGCCAGUAUGACCUGGGCGGUUUCUACGGAAACAGAAUCAAAGGUUGAUCUCCAUGGCGACCAGGUGUUACCCAGCAUGAUCUCUGGCUUUGCCCCAACCUCCAUGUGAUCCUUUGAGCUGUUCCUCGUUGUGCAGUUCACGUCUGUAUGUGUAAUUUGUCUGUUAUUGUGUGUGUGUGUGUGUUGGAUGUAGUAUUUCUGAUGGAGGCCUUAUGGUUGUGCUAUUGUCAUCUGUGACUUUCUCUCUCUGUCUUGUCCCUGCUGUUGAGUUGAGGAGUGACCUGCUCUCUUUGAGGGUUGAUGUAUCUAACUAAAACCUCUUGAGCACUGUUUAUGGUUGUAUAUUCAUUCUCAUUAACACUAAACCUUUUCCCUUA